AGAUCUACCUUUGGAGUCUGAUAUCCCAAAAAAGCUAUAGGAAAAUAUCAAUUGUCUUAUAACAUCCCUCAUAUUUCAUAAGAAAUCUUGCUUGCAUAGUCAAGAGUUGGGUUUUCCUCUAAAGAAAAGAAGAUGCUUGGCUCAAAUACUGGUAGAAUUGAUCAAAAUGAUAGUUUGGAAUAUGAUAGGAAAAAAGAUCUUCAAGCCUUUGAUGAUUCAAAGGCUGGUGUAAAGGGACUUCGGGAUGCUGGGGUCACAAAGUUACCGCGUAUAUUCUUGCACAACCAGUAUGUCAAUGAAAAGAAAUACAAGUAUACCGAUGAUGUAAUUACUAAGUUUAGCAUUCCAGUCAUAGAUCUUGAAAGCUUGGGCCAAACCGCAGCUCAUCGAGCUGAUAUAGUUCGAGAAAUAAAAGAUGCUUGUGAAAACUGGGGAUUUUUCCAGAUUGUCCACCAUGAAAUCCCUUCAAGUGUCAUGGAGAAAGCACUAGAAGGCGUUCGCCAUUUUCACGAGCAGGAUUCUGAGGUGAAGAAAGAGUUCUACUCCCGUGAUAUGACGAGGAAGUUCGCCUAUAAUAGCAAUUUUGAUCUAUACAAAGCACCAACAGCUAAUUGGAGGGACACUAUUAACUGUGUCAUGGCUCCUAAUCCUCCUGAUCCCGAAGAAAUGCCAGAGGUUUGCAGAGAUGUUUUGAUCAAAUAUACGGAGUGUAUAAUGAAAUUGGGGCUUACUCUAUUUGAGUUACUCUCUGAGGCUCUAGGAUUCAACCCGAAUCACUUUAAAGACAUGGAUUGCACUGAGGGGCUUGUCCUCGCUUGCCAUUAUUAUCCGGCAUGCCCUGAACCAGAUCUCACUUUAGGCCUUAGCGGUCACACAGAUAGCGGCUUCUUGACAAUUCUAUUACAGGAUCAAAUUGGUGGACUCCAAGUCUUUCAUAAGAAUCAAUGGGUUGAUGUUCCUUUCUUACCUGGAGCUCUAAUUAUCAACAUUGCAGACCUUAUGCAGCUAAUCACGAAUGAUAAGUUCAAAAGCGUUCAUCACAGAGUGCUGGCUAAAAAUGUAGGACCAAGAAUUUCUGUGGCAAGUCUUUACAGGAUGCAUUUUCAAGAAGGUAGUGAAUCGAGACUAUAUGGGCCAAUUAAGGAGUUGUUAUCAGAAGAAAAUCCUCCAAUCUACCGGGAAACAAGCAGAAAAGAGUAUAUCGCAUGUCUAUACAACAAAGGGCUCGAUGGAACUUCUUUAUUGUCAAAUUUCAAGUUACAGAAAUAGUCAUAGGAUUUGCAGAAAUGUUUGGCUAUGGUAUUCUGCUCCUGAAUUCCAUCAAGUAAUAUUAUUUUUCCUAUUGGCAUCUUUUAGUAAUUAAAUAAGGAUUGAGAAGAGUGGUUUCUUGAACACAAAAUAAAUAUAAAAAAAUUAUCAAACUAUGUUAAGUACA